AUGGAAGACUACGAGUCCCCAAUUACCAUCGUGGGCGCCGGCCCCGUGGGCAUGCUUCUCGCCUACCGUCUCAACCAGCUCAACAUCCCCUUCUUCAUAGCCGACAAGAACACUGAGACCACUAAAUGGCCCAAGAUGGAUUUGACGAACUGUCGAUCCAUGGAAAUUCUGCGAGUCUUGGGUCUGGCCGAUGACUACCGCGCUCAAGAAGGCAGCGUGCCCAUCUCCACCGACUUCGAUACGCAGUUUGUGACUCGGAUUAUUGGGCAGGAGAGCAAAUUACUAGGCAAAUGGCACGUUCCCUCUGUCAGUACUCAGCGCGAUUCCAUCCGCCAGACCAACGACGGGACUCAAGCCGCCGAGCCCGGCCAGCGCUGCUCGCAAGUCAUCUUCGAGGCUUGGAUGCGCCGACUCAUCCUCGAGCAAGCGAGUGCAGGUAGUGCAAUGCAGAUCCGCCCCGGAUGGAAGUAUCUCCACCACGUCGAAGAUGCGACAGGCGUAUGGGCGACUUUCCUCGCCGUGGAGCAAGGCGUCCAACAUCGCGUGCGCAGUCGGUACCUGGUUGGAACGGAUGGAGGUAGGAGUCGUGUGCGCAAUGCUGCGGGCAUUCGCAUGCUGGGGGGAUCGAUGCCCAUGCGCUUCCACCUUGUCCACUUUCGCUCCCAGCAACUCGCGCGCUCGUUCCCCUUUGGCCGAUGCUGGCAUAUCUUCCCCACCAGUGGGGGGUUCAUCCUCGACCAGGACGAUGUGGACACCUUUACUGCACAUUUCCCCGUUCACCUCCUCCCCGAGGGCAACCUCGACCCGAAGGAAGUGGUGUAUCGAACUCUUGGAGGACCGCAUCCCAGCGAGAAAGCGGUGAUCCAGAUCGACGAGAUUCUGGUGCACAGUACCUGGACCCCGAACUUCAGCAUCGCGGAGAAGUACGUCAGUGAUGGUGGACGAGUCGUGCUUGCAGGUGAUGCGGCCCAUCAAACACCCCCACACGGCGGAUACGGUCUCAACAGCGGCAUCGCCGACGCCUUUGACCUCGCCUGGCGUCUCGCCGCGCUGACCUCCUCCUCCUCCUCCACCGCCUACGGCGGACCAUUACUCCUAGAGUCCUACACCCUUGACCGGCGUCCGUGCAUGAUCCGCGCUCUGACGCGCUCGCACCGCCAUCUCCUCGAGCAUAUCAAGCUUGCCGCUCUACACCCGGACCCGGUGGACGUACUGGAGCGGGAGCACGAUGCGGAGGCCGAGGGGCUGCGGAAGAAGAUCCGGGAGUUUCUCGAGCGGUCCGGCCCGGAGACGUUGGACCGUGGAGUUGAGCUGGAUAUGCGGUACGCGUCGUUUGGGAUCUGGGGUGACGAGAUAGGAGAAGAUGAGGCGGAGCAGGGGCAGGGGCAGCCGUGGGUGGCGGAGAGAUACGUUCCCUCGACGAAGCCGGGGCGGCGGGUGCCGCAUGUCUUCCUGACGAGCUCGCGGGAGGAGGGCCCGAGCAUCUACGAUACGUUUGGGCCUGUCUGGAGUUUGGUGCAUUUCGAGGAGAGUGAUGGCUGUGCUGCUACGGCGCAGACAUUCGUCUCCGUUGCGGCUACGCUGGGUAUUCCGCUCAAGCUAGUCAGGCUGGUCAAUCAGACGCAUGCUCAUCGUGUUUGGGGCGCGAGUUUGGUGCUGGUGCGGCCCGUUACCCAUGCUGCCUGGCGGGGGAAGUGGAGGCUGAACUCGACCUCUGCUUCGGAUGGGGAGGCAUUACGAACGGAGCAGGUGGAGGAGAUCCUGCGGGUUGUCACUGGACACGAACGCUACAAAGGUUAUCGGUAUGAGGAGGCCUCCGCUGCAGAGGAGGAACGCUUUGUGAAGCUUGUGGAAGCGUUCAAGCCGGAGGACUAG